CCGGGCCCGCGGGCACCGGGACCCGCCCCCGGUAACGUCACCGCCCGCGGUGGCGAGAGCGGCGGGGCCGGUGACGUCGCGUGGCGCUACCGGGUGUCACCGCCCCGCCCCCAGCACCGCGCCGGGACCCGCAGGCGAGUGUCGGGGACCCACCAUGGAUCUGGUCCUGGAGGCCGCUGACCGGCACCUCCUCACCCCCUACGUGUACCCCCCCAGCUGGCCCGAGGGCGAGCCCUGCCGCCAGCUCCUCAGCCUCUUUGUCAUCACCAACCUGGGGGCCCUCACGCUCUACCUGCUCUUUGGCACCCUCAGCUACUACUUCAUCUUCGACCACGAACUCCAGAAACAUCCCCAGUUCCUAGAGAACCAGGUACGUCGGGAGAUCUCCUACGCGCUGCGCUCCCUGCCCUGGAUCAGCGUUCCCACCGUCGCCCUGUUCUUCGCCGAGGUGCGGGGCUACAGCAAGCUCUAUGACAACAUCCAGGACUCCCCGUACGGCUGGUCAGGCGUCUUCCUCAGCAUGCUGUCCUUCCUCUUCUUCACCGACAUGUGCAUCUACUGGAUACACCGUGGUCUCCACCACAGGCUGUUCUAUAAGCGCUUCCACAAGCCCCACCACCUCUGGAAGAUCGCAACGCCCUUCGCCAGCCACGCCUUCCACCCCGUUGAUGGCUUCAUGCAGAGCCUGCCCUACCACGUCUACCCUUUCCUCUUCCCCCUGCACAAAAUCACCUACUUGGGCCUCUACAUCUUCGUCAACGUCUGGACCAUCUCCAUUCAUGACGGUGACUACCGCGUCCCCCGCCUCCUGCGACACGUCAUCAACGGAUCAGCCCACCACACCGACCACCACUUGUACUUCGACUACAACUACGGGCAGUACUUCACCCUCUGGGACAAGAUCGGUGGCUCCUACAAGAACCCCACGGCCUUUGAGGGCAAAGGCCCCCACGACUACUUGCGCAAGCUCCGAGAGAAAGGUCCAGAGGCAUCUGAUGGCCACCCAGACACCAAGACUGAGUAGGGUUCUCCCUGGCCUGGCCCCUCUCCUGGAUGAGAUUCCCUGGUUUCGUCCUGUUCCUCCCCAGCCUCCCGAGACUAUUUCCCCACGGACAAAGAGCCCCCAUCCCCUGAUGGCACAACUGGCAUGGAGUGAUUCUUGGUGACACCUCUGGCCUGCCCCUGCUCCCAAACCAGUGGUGCCCAGCCUUGCUGCUGAGUUGUCACCUUGCUCUGUGCCGCAGACCUAGCCUGGUCCCCCUGUUGUUCCCCCUUCCCAGCUGCCUUUGGAUCUCUGCUAAGGUCCCUGCUCCACUUGAGUACCGUGCUGUUGCUUUACAAAAAGAACAAUAACAUGGCACAACUACAAAAAGAACGUGGCUCGUGGCAGGGUCUCCCUCUGUCCAUGCCAUGUGCUGUCAUCCUGGACUCGCUGUCGCAGAAUCCAUUGGGAUGAGUCAAGUGGAAUCGAGUCAAGAGGCUGAUGAGGUUACUUUUUUUCUGGAAACAAAAGCUGCACCCACCUGCCUUUCAGAGAUGGCACAGGUCCUUCUGACGGCUCCCUGGCGUGGCAAAGGCUUGGCCUUGAGAUGCAGCGAGGCUCCUUGGUGCUCCACGUGCUCUCCUCCUUCCUCUCACCUGGAGAUGCCCCGUGGGCCCUGAAGGGACAUGUCCCAGAAACAGCAUGACUGUAGGACAAAGAUGUGCUUUGAGUCCCACGGGUCCCUCAAGCUCCCUGAGAACACUGAGGGUGGGAGGAGGAGGAACAGGCACCAGGAGGCACGGGGCAGGAGCUUCUCCUUGCUCAAGGAUUCAUGGCCAGCUUUCCCCCUUAACAUCUGGCGUGUGUCCUGCUGAAACCUGGUCACCCUGCCUUGGGGUCUGACCUGCACUCAAUAAAUCUCAUUUGCCAACUUG